AUCCACGCGCCAUCACCUGAGCACCGACCUUACCUACUCCCGAGCUGCGAGCGCCGCAACCGCUUCACUUCACUCUGUCGGUUGCCUUAAACAUCUGGAGGCUCGUCGAAUGUGAUGCUGGAGUUGAGAAAAUUCACAUCAUGCAAGAUGAGAAGGUAUGAAGCCAAGAAGGCAAUGCCAAUCUUAAAUACAAUGCAACCGAGGAAGAGAAGGUGACGAUGGUUGACCCGAAGGUCGAAUGUUUUGAUUCUUGUUUUAAUGAAGUUCUCCAAGCCUUCCUGAGGUACCAGACCAUAACGAUGAAGAUGUCCCACGAUGAAGUACCAAUCCAAGUUCAACCCAGUGCCCACUUUACUCCACCACAGAAGCCACAUCUAUGGAAACUUCCCACGCCUGGCUGGAUACCACUGAAACUCCUCCCAUCCCACCCGAACAAGUCUCUCCCACCCAGUGCUGCUACAGUCAAAGACUGCAGGCGAUCUGAUCAGAGUCGGCGCGAGGAUCAUAUCCAUCAGCAGCAACAGACACUCCGAUCAUCGUGUGGCAGGCCUGCCCGAAGAGCUUCACCUCCCGCACCGCACGACGAUGUUUACCAGACCAUAAUGCCAAGCUCUGUUGGGCGAACCCUCAAGCCCCCAAGCGUUCCUCGUCUUUCUGAACCAUGGGACACCCAGCCAGGGUACCGUGUACGUGUAAUCGUAUGCGAAAGCGAGUGUGAGAGAUUUUCGUUGUCAUCAUUGACGGUGUGCUCUGCUGUGGCAUUUGAAGUGAUGGCCUGAAGAGGCAUCGGUGGGAGACUCGAGGGAGACGGAAGUUGAUACCGAAGGACGGAUUGGCCUGAGAAGGUAUCGCGAUGAUGUUGUGUUCGAUUUAGGUGACUUGUGCUUUGAGAUAUGGGAACAGAUGCGAGCAGAGCUGACAGUGUUAGCGGAAGAGGUGAAGAUGUA